GGCAACAGCCCCUCCUGCCCGGCACAGAUGUGGCUGCUCCUGACGUCAUAGGAAGGCGCCGGUUACCCAAGAGGCGGUGGAAGACUCUGCACGUGGGCUCGAAUUUGGAAACUUUCUGGCUGGGCCAUGGAUACGCCGCUAAGGCGCAGCCGGCGGCUGGAAGGCCUAGAACCUGAAUCCCCCGAGAGCCCCACCACAGUUUCGCGGGCGAGACGGGCCCUUGUGGAGUUUGAGUCGAACCCAGAAGAAACGAGAGAGCCCGGGUCACCUAGGAGUGUGCAGCAAGCUGGCCUGAGAUCCCCCCAACGUCAGCCGGAGACAUGCCCGGGAUCUCCCAGUCGGCAGCAGAGUGCGGCCUUGGGGUCCCCCCAAAGGGAGCCAGAGCCGGGCGCAGGGGCCCCCGAAAGGGAGCCAGAGCCGGGCGCAGGGGCCUCCGAAAGGAAGCCAGAGCCGGGCGCAGGGGCCCCCGAAAGGGAGCCAGAGCCGGGCGCAGGGUCCCCCCAAAGUGAGCCAGAGCGGGGCGCAGGGUCCCCCCAGCGUCAGCAGGAUCUGGGCCUGGAAUCGCUCCAAAGACAGCCAGAGGCGAAUCCCGAAUCCCCCCGACGUCAGGCAACGCCAAAUGAGGAGUCACCAAAAUUCUCUCAGGGCCUGGGAGAACUGGCCUCGGACUUGGCCCAGAGUAAGGAGGAGCCGAGCCCGGAAGCCCCGCAAAAUCAGCUGCAGCCAGGCCCAGGAUCACCAGAGCCUUAUCCAGGUCAGCAAGCACCGGGUCCGGAGCCCUCGAGGCCACUACAGGAGCUGACACCUGAAGCACCAGGCUCCCCACAGGGUCAGCACGAGCCAAGCAAGCCACCUCCGGUAGGUGAGACGGUGACAGGCGGCCUCGGGGAGAAGAAGCGAAAAAGUUCUUCAGCCCAGGACCCAGUGUGCAAGAAGUUGAAGGAGGAGAAGGAGGAGCUUCCUGUAAUCCCGAAAGGGAAGCCCAAAUCGGGGCGGGUAUGGAAGGACCGUUCCAAGAAAAGGUUCUCCCAGAUGGUUCAGGACAAGCCCCUGCGCACAUCCUGGCAGCGGAAGAUGAAGGAACGGCAAGAGAAGAAGCUAGCCAAGGACUUCGCCCGGCACUUGGAGGAGGAGAAGGAGAGACGCCGGCAGGAGAAGAAACAGCGCAGAGCUGAGAACCUGAAACGCCGCCUGGAGAACGAGCGGAAGGCAGAGAUUGUCCAAGUGAUCCGAAACCCCGCCAAGCUCAAGCGGGCGAAGAAGAAGCAGCUGCGCUCCAUUGAGAAGCGGGACACCCUGGCCCUGCUGCAGAAGCAGCCGCCCCAGCGGCCCACAGCCAAGAUCUGAGCUCAAGACGCCUGCCAUGGCCAAAACCCGUGUCAGACACAGCACUCUCGCCCACUGGUCAGACGCCUCUUCUGGAGCUGGCUGUCCAACUCCCUGGCUCUAAAACAGGGACCUUACCCCAGCCAGGGCUCCUACGCCUUUGAAGGCUUGUGGACAGAGGCCCCAAGAGGAACCUGGGACCUGGCAGAGAUGGGCGAGGGAAGAGGUUCAACCCCCCUCCCUCCUUCUCUAAGUGCCUUCCGUCCAAGAACAGUAAAUUCUCUGGUUCCUCAGUGAGCUGGUGAUGGAGAGUGACUCCUCCCACCAGGCCUGGCGGCCAGCAGUCAGGAAUCCACUCCCUGCACACUUUCCGAAGCUGCUGCGGCUACCUCUGAGCCCCACUGACCCUGUCACCCAGCAGACCGAAUCCAGUGCCUCCCCACUUUCAACACAGAAGGAUUCAAAUAGGGAGGUUGCUGCGAGGAGCGGGGUUUCUCUCUAGCUCCCCCUUUUCCAAACCAGCUUCUGCAGAAGCCCCAAAGACCUAAGUCAUGCUCAGCCAGUCUACAACAAAUAUUUAUGGAAUGCCUCUCGUGUACAGGCACAAUUCUAAGCACUAGGGAAACAGACAAAAGCCCCUGCCCUCCAUGGCUUUCAUUCUGAUGGGGAGAACAUAAUAAACAAGUAGAACACUGUG